GAGCCACAAAUAGAACCGUUGGAUUUGUCAAUAUCAAGAAUGAUUGAGGACCGGAUUGGACCAUUAGAUCUGUCAGCGCCAGAAGUGAGUACGGGAGAAAUAGAAUUAAGCAAAACUGAUCAGUAUGACACAAAGACAUUGAACUUACCAAUUCAAGAGGCCAGUAGGGAAAAAACAAGUGUAAGAACAAAACCGAAGAGAUCAUGGCUCGAGUCGUAUCAAAAGGAAACAUCUAGACUGGAAGAACAUACGAAUCAGGAUGACGCAAAGUCAUUGAACCUUCCAAUUCAAAAAGCCAGUGAGAAACAGACAAGGAUAGGAAGAAAGAGGAAGAUAUCAAGAGAAAAUACGACUCACACAAGUGAGAAGGGGUUCAAAUGCAAAAUAUCCCAGAAAGAUUUCGCUGCUCCAUCGAGUCUGCGCACACAUAUGGAGCCUCACACAGGUAAGAAGCCGAUCGAAUGCAAAAUAUGCGGGAAAACUUCCACCACGACAUCGAAUUUGCGUCAACAUAUGAGGAUUCAUAACGAUGAGAAGCCGUUCUCUUGUUCGGAAUGCAAUAUGAGUUUCACCCAGUCAGCGACUCUGCAUAAUCAUAUGACGAUUCAUACCGCUAAAAAACCGCACGCUUGUCCUGUGUGUUGUAGAAAUAUCUCUCAAUCACGUAGUAUGAGAAGGCACAUGAGAAUUCAUGAUAAGCCCAGAUUCAACUCCACUACAUGCGAUAAAUCUUUCCCGUGGAAAUUCCCUUUGAAAUAA